AUGAGGGAACUCAUUUCAACAACAUGCAAUUCAAAGCUCUUGUCAAAAUAUGGAGUUCACCAUCGAAUGUCUUUUGCUUAUCAUCCACAAACCAAUGGCCUUUAUGAGCUAAUCAAUAGAGAGAUCAAGCAGAUACUUGAAAAGACAGUGAGACCUACUAGAAAAGAUUGGUUGAACAAGCUAGAUGACGCUCUUUGGGCAUAUCGUACUACUUUCCGGACUCUAAUUGGGAUGUCCCCUUAUCGCUUGGUAUUUGGUAAAGCUUGCCACUUGCCUCUUGAGUUGGAACAUAAAGCUUGGUGGGCAAUUAAACAACUGAAUAUGGAUUCUAAGCAAGCUGGACAACUAGUUCUUCUUUUCAAUUCUAGACUAAGGUUGUUUCCUGGGAAGUUGAAAUCUCGAUGGUCGGGUCCUUUCAAGGUGAUUUCUGUUGCACCAUAUGGAGCUGUGGAAGUUAAGGAUGAGAAGUCCGGGGAUCAAUUUAGAGUAAAUGGUCAAAGACUGAAAUAUUACCAUGGGGGUGAGGUGGACAGGCAGACAACUGUUCACCAUUUCUCUCAACUUCCUUGA